AUGACAGCGGAAAGCCUGGAUAUGACAAAUGGUUCCAAUAAACUUGGAUCUGUGACCCAGAAUGAAGCUGCACUCCUUGCUUUGAUGGAGCAGACAGGCUACACAAUGAUACAAGAAAAUGGACAAAGGAAGUUCGGUGGACCACCGCCAGGUUGGGAAGGUCCUCCACCACCUCGUGGAUGUGAAGUCUUUGUAGGAAAGAUUCCACGAGACAUGUAUGAAGAUGAACUGGUACCUGUGUUCCAGCGGGCAGGGAAAAUUUAUGAGUUUAGACUGAUGAUGGAAUUUAGUGGUGAGAAUCGAGGUUAUGCUUUUGUAAUGUAUACUACAAGAGAAGAAGCUCAGAAUGCAAUCAAAAUGCUUAACAAUUAUGAAAUUCGACCUGGAAAAUUUAUUGGUGUGUGUGUUAGCUUGGAUAACUGCAGAUUGUUCAUUGGCGCAAUUCCAAAGGAGAAAAAAAAGGAAGAAAUCCUUGAGGAGAUGAAGAAGGUUACCGAAGGUGUCGUCGAUGUUAUUGUCUACCCCAGUGCCACUGACAAGACUAAGAAUCGCGGAUUUGCAUUUGUAGAAUACGAAUCUCACAGAGCUGCUGCAAUGGCUAGAAGAAAACUUAUCCCAGGUACUUUCCAAUUGUGGGGACAUACUAUUCAAGUGGACUGGGCAGACCCAGAAAAAGAAGUAGAUGAGGAAACUAUGCAAAAGGUUAAGGUACUAUAUGUGCGAAACCUGAUGAUAUCUACAACAGAGGAAACCAUAAAGAUGGAGUUUAACAAAAUCAAACCUGGAGCAGUUGAACGUGUGAAAAAACUCCGAGACUAUGCAUUUGUGCACUUUUUUGACAGAGAUGAUGCAGUUGCUGCUAUGAAUAUUAUGAACGGGAAGUGUAUCGAUGGUGCUGGCAUCGAAGUCACCCUUGCAAAACCAGUUAAUAAAGAUGGCUCUUGGAAAUACACUCAAGGUAGUCAAGUCAAUCUUAAUUGUGAAAAUCAACGACUGACGUUCACCAACAAAGAGGAAGGGGUACCAAAAACCCCAGGAAGGUCACCAAGCUUACCAGCACGUCUGAAUGGCCACCAUAGUCCAUGCUCACCUGAACUGGAGAGGUGCACAUAUCCUCUAUUCCCUGGAAUAAAGCUUACACCUUUGAGUAUUUACUCAUUAAAGCCUAGUCAUUUUCAGUCCUCAGUUACACACUUGGAGUAUUACUGCAACAAAAAUAACUGGGCACCACCAGAGUACUACCUAUACUCAACUACAAGUCAGGACGGGAAGCAAUUGCUUGUUUAUAAAGUGGUUAUUCCAUCCCUUGCAAACAGUUCACAAGGUACACUGAGCCAUUUCAUGCCCGAUAAGCUCUGCACAAUGCUGGAAGAUGCUAAGGAACUGGCAGCACAAUAUGCAUUGACACAUUUAGACUACAGUUUGCGUCGGACCAACUCAGUCAAUAGUCUCUCUCAAGUUGGUACACCGCUUCCAACUUCUGCAUCUAGUCUACUGCAAUACACAUCUAGACCUUACUCCUAUCCUAGCUACCCACUAUCAACAACACUACCUCUUGGUAACAACAAUCAUAUUGGACAACGGUUAUAUGUUUCUAGUCAUGGGUCUUUCUUCUAA